AUGGUUAACUGUCGCUUUAUAUUUCUCGUCAUGAUGCUCAACGCCGCCAAUUUUGGUAUUGAGUUUAUGUACAGCAUAGUGUUAAAGAACUUUGUGUUUAAAUACGACUACACCGUCAAGACUGUGAUAGAAGGUGUUCUAGGCCCACUGAUAGGGAUAAUUGUGCAGAUAAUAGUUGGUUCGUGGAGUGAUUACAACACAGAAAUGAAGUGGGGGAAACGUCGUCCUUUUAUGCUUGCGGGCAAUUUCAUAGUGUUUCUCGGGAUCAUCUUACAGACAGUGAUGGCUGUGUGUUACGUUGUUACAGGAGACAGAACGGAAGAGACUUUAAGUUUCUCUGAGAUCAGUCAGAAGUGGGAGUUUUGGGGGUAUUUAGUGUCACUCAUAUGCUUCUUUGUAGGGAUCAACACAUUACAAGUCUCGUUAAGAACACUUGUACUUGAUAUCAUUCCUAUGGAACACCAAUUUCAAUGUGCAGUCAUGUUCAUUGCGUUAUCGUCGCUUGCUCAUUUAACGACAGACACCGUGUUUACUAUCCCGGGGUUAAGCUAUAGCUUAGAUAACAUCGAAAGUCUCAGUCAAGCGAAUACGAAGUCUUUGGCGUGUAUGUUCAUCAUCUCAUUAUUUCUUGUUCCUCUGACUACGACAGUCACUUUUUGCACGGCGACAGAGAGUUAUGUGGAAAACAAGAAAAUGAAGUUUGGGGAGUUUGUGAAGAAAGAAGUAAGAGCGGUCUUUGAAAUCAACUGGAAGCGCAUCUUCAACUGGUUGAUCCUCUUUUGGGGGUAUACCGCGUUUGAAUGUUUUGAACAAGAAAGUCAUUUACUCUAUGAAUACUUUGGCGUGAGUUACAGUUCGGAGAUCAUACAACUGAAUCGAGUGACACCAAGCUUUGUGUACCAAAUACAGCAAAUAGUGACCGACAUCUCUCAAAUUGGGUAUUGUGUCUUUAUGUUCCCCAAACGGGAUUAUCACUGGUUCUUAUUAGGAGUAACAACAGUCAUCACUGGAAUGGCGUCACUACUUCCUCUGACAAUCAUUUCAAAUCUCUUUUAUUCGGGAAUCGAAUACACACAAUACACUGUUAUCAUCUUACUUAUGAUACUUAUUAUUAUAGUGUUUAUACCAGUGGGUAUUACUGUUGCACAAUUAUCAACAAUCCCUUUCGCAUUAUUAAAGGGUAUAGUCCCAUCGGCACAUUUUGGAUUGUUUGUGGGUAUACUGAACAUCGCAGUCCUAUUCGCACAAUUUUUGGUAAGGUGUGUUGUGGUCUACCCAUUACACAAAGGAAUGGGAAAUGAUAUAGACAAAGCACAUAACCAACUUAUUUCAAUUGCAGCACUCACGUUGAUACUCUACAUAAUCGCGUCCAUCUUUUCCUUCGCAAUGAAGUUCGUGGCUUCCCCAAACCAUAAGGUCGAACAGUCGACGGAAAUUGAGAUGGAUGAGGAAUAA